AGGAAGCAUGCGUACCGUUGGGAUCAACGGAGGUAGAUCUGGCCUUCAGUGCAUAGCAAGCCUUGGCGUUGUCACUACGGCUUGAUUUUGUAGGCGAUAUCCCAUGUUUUCAGCAGUAUUCCACGCCGAAAGGCCUUCGCGAGUGUCUUUAUCCUCAAAUAUGUAAGUUGCGAACAUUCUGCGUGUGCAUUUCGUUUAAAAUAAAAAUUCCACGAAUUAAUUUGUGAAAGAAAUACGUAAACGGAUCAACCGACAGAACGAGCGUCGUCCCAACGACAUAACCUUUAAAACUUUCAACGGACAGACGACAGACAGCUGGCUGUGUACGGAACAAACGACGAUCGUACUAUUCGUGUUCUUUCUUGACAAGUAGUAGUUGUGAUCAAUAUUUUAAAAACAUUGCACAAUUUUAAUUGGAAUCAAUGAAAAUGCUCGAGGAUAGGGCCAACGGCGAAGGACUUUUGUGCCUUUCAGACGACGAAUUACGUUCAGUAAAAAGGAACUCUUCCAUUUCCGAUGUUUACGACGUCGAGGAUACUGUAUUUGCAAGGGGUAAAUUUGCGACAGUCCGACGCGCCAAUCACAAAACGACGGGCGUUCAAUACGCGGCAAAGUACAUAAAGAAACGGCGCCGAGCCGUCGACAUGACGCCCGAAAUUUACCACGAGAUCUCCGUGUUGCGAAAGUGCGCCCCAUGCGGGCGCGUUGUUCGCCUUCACGAGGUCUACGAAACGAAUUCGGAUGUUGUCUUGGUGCUGGAGCUAGCUGCUGGCGGCGAACUUCAGCGCAUCUUCGAUACGGACCACUGCCUAAACGAGGUUGAGGCGAGACGCGCGAUGCGACAAAUCCUCGAGGGACUUGGUUAUCUUCACGAAAGGAAUAUAGCGCAUCUCGAUCUCAAACCCCAAAACCUAUUACUAACCGUUGAAGAUUCUUGCGACGAUAUCAAACUUUGCGACUUUGGCGUAUCUAGGCUUCUGGCACCUGGAGCAGAAGUACGAGCAUUAUUAGGUACUCCAGAUUACGUGGCACCUGAGGUCUUAAGUUACGAGCCAAUCAGUCUGGCGACCGACAUUUGGUCAGUGGGCGUUUUAGCCUACGUCCUGUUAUCCGGUUACACGCCAUUCGGAGGGGAUACUAAACAAGAGACAUAUCUGAACAUAUCGCAGUGCAUACUGACCUUCGAACCCGACCACUUCAGCGACGUAUCUACGGCCGCUAUAGACUUCAUCAAAUCCAGCCUUCUAGUUAAUCCCAGACUUCGACCAACAGUUCAAGAAUUACUUAAACAUCCGUGGAUCUCACCAAAGAACCACAUUUUACCAUCUCUUUCAAUAAAGACAACAGAACCAAAAGAUACCACACCGAAGACAACUCCAAUUAGUCAGCAUUUAAACACCGCAGAAGAACCGUCAUCAUCAAAUGUUGUAGAUAAAUUAAUAUCGGACAAUUCCAACUCUGAAUUAAUCAUUGAUGGCACGACAAUAGGAAUUAGAAGACGUUCUAAUACUACAGAGCAACCAAUAAUUGACGAAAUCUUAAAAAGUGAUGUUAAAUCAGAAACGCCACCAAAUAUGUUAACGUUUCAUGAAAAAGAUCAACCUUCUCGCGACACUUUUCCUCAAACGGACGUUUAUGCAUCGCCUGAAUAUGAAAUUGUUGAAGAAUUUAGGAGGCCAAUAUCAAAUUUGGAAACGUUAGAUACUUGUAGUGAUGUAGAACCACUUACAAAUGGUGUUGAUGUUGAAGUUGAUGAAAAGGAUGGUGCAGAAAUUGUGUGUGUGGAGAAUAAUGAAAUGAAAAAUUCUUCUAAAUCUAUAAUUGAGGAAGAAAUUUUGAAAACAGAUGCAAAUCUACUAAAAGAUGAAGAACGAUUAAGUAGUAAUGAAUAUAAUGGUCAAAAUGAUGAAACAGACUUACCAACACGAUAUUCUUCUGAUUUAGAUAUUAGUGAUGAAGAAUUUAAUGAUGAAAAUACUAAAGAAGAACCAUCAAAAAUUGAAAUGAUUAUAAACUUUAAUGGUGAUCAAUCAUGUUUAAGCAAUAAAAAUGAGGAACAUACAGAUAUCAUUUCUAAGACUUUCCCUUGUUCGCAAAUUGAAUAUAAAUUGGAAGAAGUAGAUAUUAAUAAUCAAGAUUUUCAAGAAGAAAAUAUUCAACAAAUAGAUGAAAAUACACUUAAUAAUUCUUUUAAAUCAAUUAGUAAUGAUGUUACUCCUAAUGAUGAGGUUAUUGAAGUAUCUAAUGAAGAGGAUACUAAAAAAGAACCUCCAGCAAUUGAAAAUAACAUAAAAUAUGAAGAUGAAUUAACUUUAAGUAAUAAAACUGAUGAAUGUAGUAAAACUAAAGAAGUUUCUGAAACAACUUAUUGUCCACAAAUAGAAUAUAAAUUGGAAGAAAUAAUAAGUAAAGAAAUUGAUAAUCAAGAUUGUCAAGAAGAAGAUAAUCAACAAUUAAAUGAGGAUACUAAAGAACUUGCAACAAUAAAAUGUGAUGAAUCUUUAAGUAAUAAAAAUGAUGAAUGUAUAAAAAGUGAUGAGAUUAUUCCUGAAACAAGGCAUUGUUCAGAAAUUGAAUAUAAAUUGGAAGAAAUAGGAAAUGCGGAAAUUGAUAAUCAAGAUUGUCAAGAAGAAGAUAAUCAACAAUUAAAUGAGAGUUCUUUUAAAUCAAUUAUUAAUGAUGUAUCUAAUGUUGAGGAUACUAAAGAAGAACUAGCAACAAUUGAAAUGAAUAUAAAAUGUGAUAAAUCUUUAAGUAAUAAAAAUGAUGAAUGUAUAAAAGCUGAUGAGAUUAUUUCUGAAACAAGGCAUUGUUCAGAAAUUGAAUAUAAAUUGGAAGAAAUAACAAAUACAGUAAUUAAUAACCAAGAUGUUGACGUAACCACCCUUAAUAAUUCUCCUGAAUUCAUUAUUAAUGUUGAAACAUGUUCAAGUAGUAAGAAUGUUGAGUAUAGUGAAACUAACGAAAUUUCUCAAAUUCCCCAAUGUUCACAAAUUCAAUAUAAAUUGGAGGAUGUAACAAGUACAGAAAUUAAUGUUGGAUGUAAUAAGCAAAUUGAGGAAGAUAAACGAAAGAAAUUGUUUGAACAAAAAAAUUUUCUCUUAUCUAUUGGUUGUUCAGAAAUUAAGUAUGAAUUAAAAGAAGUAACAAAUGUAGAAACUACAUCCAGUUAUUUAGAAGAAAAACAUCAAUAUUCUUGUGAUAGUGAAUUUACGCUAUUAGAAGAAUCAAAAUGUGUCGAUGAGAACGCAAAUUUACAAAUGAAAAUUGAAUCCCAGGAAAAUUUCAUGACAAGUAAUAAAAUUAAAGGUGAAGAUCUAUGCACUGAAUAUGUUUCUAAAGAUGUAAAUAUAACAACUAAUCGAGAAGUAUCAAAAGAAAGUUUAGAUUUGGGUUUUGAUGAAGUUUCAUCUGGAACUGAUGAGGAUGAGGGAAGAUUUGCCGAAGAUAGUUAUUUAUGGGAAUUGAAACAACCAUCGAAAUCCUUUGGAACUGCUCUUUCUAAAUUCAAAGCAAUUGAGGAAAAAACAAAAAGUAGUAAUAAAACAAGGAAAGUUUUAAGAAGGAAAACAUACGCGAAUUUUGCUUCACACUCCGUAGCGGAAGAACUUACACAAAUUCGAUCUAGUGAUACUUCCGAUUUAGAAUUAUCCCCACAAGUUUCCGAUGUACAAAGUAAUAACAACCAUUGAGGUUAACUAAUAAAAAGAAUUUAAUUGUUA